AUGUGGGGCCGGGACAGCGGGGUGUGCCCCCAGCCCCAGCGAGGGGCUCCACUCUCACCCCCCCCUUCCGUCCGGCUCAGGCCCCUGCGGGGACCUCGGGGAGGCCACCAUGUCCCAGGCCCUCACCUGCCUCAAGCAUUUAACCCUUACCAUCUGUCCUUCCCACCCUGCCACAGCAGGGGGGGUGGCGGGGAGAGCCCCCCGCCGCCGCCGCCAUCACCGGGAUCCCUGCUGGUCUUCCCGCCGGAGCCGCUGUUUCGGCAGGCGAGCGGGGUUACCUACCGCAUCCCAGCUCUGCUCUACAUCCCCCCGGCCGCCACCUUUCUGGCCUUCUCCGAGAAGCGCUCCUCCACCAGAGACGAGGACACCAAGUACCUGGUGCUGCGGCGGGGCCACCGGCACGGCUCCUCGGUCACGUGGGGUCCGGUGGAGGAGCUGUCAGCGCUGGUGCUGCCCGGCCGCCGCACCAUGAAUCCUUGUCCCCUCUACGAUGCGAGGAGCGGCACCAUCUUCCUCUUCUGCAUCUGUGUCGAGUGGGGAAAGACGGAGCGAUGCCAGAUCUGGAGGGGCUGCAGCGCCGCUCGCCUCUGCUUCGCCACCAGCACUGAUGGCGGCUGCGGCUGGACCCCGCUGCGGGACGUGACGGAUGAAGCCAUCGGUGCCGACCUGGCCCAUUGGGCCACCUUCGCCGUGGGACCGGGCCAUGGGGUACAGCUGGGUUCGGGGCGCUUGGUCGUGCCAGCGUACACCUACUACGUGCACAGGUGUUUGUGCGGGCUUGUGCGGCUGCCUUGCUACACGCGGCAGCACGCCCUCAUCUUCUACAGCGACGACGGCGGGCGCAGCUGGCACAAGGGUGCCCUGGUCGGCGGUGCGCAGACGGGCGAGUGCCAGGUGGCUGAAAUCAGUGGGAGCGAUGCCCACCAGCCCUUGCUCUACUGCAACGCCCGAGCGCUGCGGGGUUGCCGGGCCGUUGCGUUCAGCACCGACCGCGGGCUGCAGUUCGAGCGCCCGGUGCGCUGCAAGGCGCUGGGCGAGCCGCCGCGGGGGUGCCAGGGCAGCGUGGUGAGCUUCGCCGCGCCGGCCAGCACCGGGGAUGCACCCACUUGGUUGCUUUACUCCCACCCGACUGACCGGCACCGCCGGCGCAAUUUGGGUAUCUACCUCAACCCCGCGCCGCUGGAUGGGGCGGGUUGGUGGCACCCAUGGGUGCUGCACCCAGGGCCGGCUGGUUACUCUGACCUGGCCGUCUGCCCCGGCGGCAUGUUCGGCUGCUUGUUUGAGUGCGGCACUACCAGUGCCUGUGAGGAAAUCACCUUCUGCCUCUUCACCCUGGAAACCUCUGACUGCCACGAGCAGAACCUCAAGACUCCCUAAAACAGACCCAUUUUGGGGCGGGGACCGGCGGGGGGGUCACUCCCAACCACCAGCAGCCAGAGCUGGUGAGCCUGGCAAUGCUGGGACCUCACUGGGACAUUCUCGAUUCACCGGAGGCUCAGCAUCACAUAGCUUUUAUUUAAUUAACGCUUGGCUUUUAGAUUACUGAUCGGGUAGGUGUCGGUGGUGACCGGCGGUGGGCUGGCGGGUGCCAGCACAGCCCCUGAGCUGCCGCAGCUUCACCCAAGAGCAGCGUUUGUCACCUGGUAGCAGCAACAAAGCAGCAGGUGCCACUGAGAGCAGCUGGUCCCCUGGUGACAAACAGACCAGCAAGCAGUGGUUUAGUGACAAAUACUGGUAAUUCCAGUGUCCCCCCCCCCAUGUAGCAGGGAGCAAGUUCCCCUUUUUUACCUUUUCUUUUAAUCCUGUUUUCUUCAGUUUCCUAGUACAAGCUGAGUUUUGCCCCGUAUUCCCAUGGAAAAAAAGCACUCAAAUCUCCGGGGCGUAGGAGGAGAGAGGGAUUCUGCUCCACAGAGGACAGGUUGUGGCAUCCCGACGGUGAGGGCAACCUCACAUCCCUGUGCUGGUGCCAAAUAAAAUCCUCCCAAAAU